AUGGGGGACCUCAAGCUCGGCGACGCGCAGUACGAGUUCGUCAAGGACUACGCGACCGCGGCGUGCUCGGCGACGGCCAAGGAGGUCGUCGAGAUGAAGCGCACGCAGUCGAUCGCGCGGCGCCUGCUCGCGCACGACAUCUUCCGCGACAAGCUCGGACCCGAGGGCAUCAAGCGCGUGCUCUCCGCGCGGUUCCCGCGGCUGCGCGAGGUGCCGCACGUCCUCGACGCCCUCGUCGAGAAGGUCCACUUCGACCACGUCUUCUCCGCGGCGUGUGGCGACCACCCCAUGAACAUGUUCCUCGACUUCGGCCCCCUCAACUGCCACUUCGCCGACUUCCGCAACAUGGCGGGCAAGUCGGACUACUACACGCGCGCGGUCAUGGUUCCCUGCGGGGAAUGGCUGAAGAUCUGCCUUACGGCGAUGGUGCGCGCGGUCAAGGUCGCGUAG